AUGGCAAGCGAGGAUGUAGAUGUUGAAUCGGCACGUCCCGCAGAAGAGCAAUAUCAAAUGAAUGAACCAUUGGAAUCGACAGAGAUAGAAGAGACUACUAGUAGUGCACAGACGAUAGGAACUCAAGAUGCUUCAAGUGAGACUCAAGUAAUGGAGACACAAGAUGCUGUCCAGGCGCCUUUAACGCCCGUCACCAAGACGCCAACACCUGUCGCCACGCCAACAGCUACUUUGCUGACAGGUGCUUCAUCGACGCUGUCAACGCCUGUCAAAAGCGUUCCCGUCAAGCGACUUAUGAUCACCAAGAUGCAGCUGGAAAAUUUCAAAUCUUAUGCAGGUAAAGUUGAAAUCGGACCUUUCCACAAAUGCUUCAGCGCCGUGGUGGGUCCCAAUGGAAGUGGCAAGUCUAAUGUCAUAGAUGCGCUGCUCUUUGUUUUUGGUAAACGCGCGUCUAAAUUGCGGCUGAAAAAAGUCUCGGAACUGGUGCAUCGCUCGGCCAAUUUCCCGAAUUUGGACAUGGCAACCGUUUCUGUUUUUUUCCAAGAAAUUAUUGACACGGACGACACGACCGCAAAAGUUACAGACAAUGAAGCUAACUAUGCAGUCGUUCCUGAUUCUCAAUUCAGUGUCACUCGCACUGCCACAAAAAGUAAUGCAAGUAAAUAUUAUGUAGAUGAUCGACCAAGUAACUUUACGCGCGUCACAGAGUUGCUACAAGACAAGGGAAUUGAUUUGAAUAAUAAUCGCUUUUUAAUUUUGCAGGGGGAAGUGGAACAGAUUGCUAUGAUGAAGAGCAAAGGCGCUGAGGGCGCGAAUGAAGACGGUUUGCUCGAGUAUCUGGAAGAUAUCAUUGGCUCAAAUGUCUAUGUGGAACCCACGGAGCGAGUGUGGGAUGAAGUUGAACAGUGCAACGAAGUGCGAGGCGAAAAAGUAAAUCGGGUUAAGCUUGUGGAGAAAGAAAAGGAUCAUUUAGAGGGUCCACGAACCGAAGCGCUCGAGUAUUUGCGCAAAGAGAAGGAAUUGUACAUGAAGACAAACAUAUUGUACCAAUUAUGGAUCCAAGAAGCCACUAAAAUUCGUGAGUUUUGUGAGUCAAAGCGUGACAAGCUGAAGGCCAAAUACAAUGCGGAAAUGGCUCGUAUGGAGAAGAAUCGAGAGGAACUGCAGUCUGUGGAGACCAUUUACCAGCGUAUAAAGAGUGAACACGAUGAAGUGGCUAAACAGCUUGAUGAAGCGAAAAAUGAAUACGCUGAGUUUGAAAAGCAAGAUGUGAAGCUGCGGGAGGAGCUGAAGUACGCCAAGGAACGGCAAAAGGAAUUGCAGACUGCACAAAAAAAGGAAUUGGAAAAGCAGAAAAUUAUCGAGCAGAAGGUGCAGGAAAACAAAGAUCUUGUGCCGCAAUUAGAGAAGGAGGUUGAAAAGUUGCAAGCAAAGCUUAAAAAGCAAGAACAAAUUUUGGAGAACAUUGUCGAAGGUCACAAGGAAGAGACCACUAAGCUUCGUUGUACAAUGGAGAAAAUUCAGCAAGAGAUGGAACCGUUUCAGGCUGAGAUGAAUGCUUUGCGAUCAGUGAUCGACACGACUGACACAGAGAUUCAGCUGGUCGAAGAACCUGUCACGAACGCCAAGAAGGCACUUGAAGCCAAUUCAUGCGGAGCUAUCGAAGCUGAAGCGAAUUUACGUGGUCUUAAGGAAGAGCAAACUGAGAAGCGGGAGAAGCUGACGAAGAUGAAGAAUCGUGUUGUUGAUGCUCAGCAAGAGCUGCUUGAGGUGAAAAGUCGAGAAAGCUCCGUUGCGGAGAAAUAUCGGGAGGCACGUACCAAAGCAGAAGAGGCCUCUGGUGCUGUGCAGUCCCAUGCGACCCGGAAUCGCAUGCUGCAAGAAUUGCUUAACGCCUCCAAACCGGGUAAACCAUUAGAAAAGGCUGGAUUAUGUGGUCGUCUGGGGGAUCUUGGUGCGAUCGAUAGCAAAUUUGACGUUGCCAUUUCAACAGCUUGCGGUGCGCUGAACAACUUGGUAGUAGAGACUACAUCAGGGGCGCAAGCGUGCGUGGCUUAUUUACGAAAGCAUAAUUUAGGGCGGACGACAUUUUUGAUUUUAGAACAGCUGGGUUAUUUGAAAUCGAAAUACUCUCAGCAUUUUCGUGAGGUAACUUCUCCGUCUGGACAUCCAGCCCCCCGACUUUUCGAUCUCGUUAAAGUGACGGAAAAAAAGUAUUUGCCGGCCUUUUAUUAUGCCUUACGCGACACAUUAGUGGCAAAAAAUCUGGAUGAGGCAUCUGCAAUCGCUUACCAAGGUCGACAAUGUAAGUACCGUGUUGUUACCCUUGAUGGGCAGCUUGUAGAGAUGUCCGGUGCCAUGUCUGGUGGAGGAAAGCGUGCUCGUAGUGGUGGCAUGUCGAGCUCGCUUGCAAGCGGUUUAAGUGAGGAUGAAAUUCGAGAUCUUCAGGGAGCGGCAUCUGCAUUGCGCAGCGAACUUGGACAACUUCGCGAUGAGAGAGAAUCGCUGGAGAAAGAGUUAGCACAGCUUGGUCGUACCAUCGAACAGUAUGAAAAUGAUCUGCCGAAGAUUGAUUUGAAUGUAAGGGCGACUGAAACGCGCCUGGAAGAUCUUAAAAUGAAUAAAAAGACGCUAGAGAAACAAACAAAGCUCUCUGCAGACGCCAAGAAGAAGGUUGAGAAGCUUAUCAAGACUAAGACUGCUAAGGAAGCCGAGUUUAAAACUACGAAAAUCAAAGUUGACAAAAUGGCGGCCAAUUUGGCUAAGUUGAAGGAUCAAAUUCUUGAUGUUGGUGGGGAGAAGUUGCGCAAGGAGCAAGAUGUGGCGAAAAAGAUCACAAAGCAAAUUGCUGAAAAGACUAAACAAAUGACCAAAAUUCGAGUCGACUAUAAAAACAGCCAAAAAAAUACUGGAAAAAACGAGCAGGCUCUGAGAAAAAUUGAAGACGAUAUUGAAGCGGCGAAGAGAAAGAUCGAGGACACCCGUAACCAAAUCACUGGUAUGGAAGAAAAGGCUCUUGCAGUGCUUCAACGGUGCGAGGCCGUUGGCGAAGAGGUUGCUGCGAAGGAAAAAGAGCUUCGUAAAGACGAAGCCAAGUACAAGAAACUCAAGAAGGAAUAUGAUGUGAUGGCGAGUGCCGAAGUCGAUCUAAGCAACAGCUUGGAGGACUGCGAAAAGAUGGUUGAGGAAAAUUUAAAGAAGGAGAGGUACUGUAAAACAAAACUUACGACUCUUCACGCUGCUUUUGUCACGGAUCAAGAGAACAAUGCUGGUUUCUUUGAGGAUGAACGCGGCCAACCUGCUCGAAAGCGUCACAAGAAGAACAGGAACGCUGACGAACAUGAGGACACAAACGAGGAGCAGAAGACGGAGCAGGAAGAAGAGGGUAGUGAGAAUGAAGAAGAUGCUAAUCUCGACGUUUCACUCGAACAGCUUCCCAUACUCGACCCUGUUACGCUGUCCCGUUACAGCAAAGAAGAGGUAAAGUACGAAAUGUCGGUACUUGAGCAGCUGCGCGAUGAAUUAAAAGCCAACGUAAACAUGGGUGCCUUGACUGAGUACAAGAAAAAAAAGGAGGAAUACAAAGCGCGUGUCUCAGAGUUAGAAGAGGUGACUAAACUACGUGAUGCAAAGCGACAUGAGUACGACGAGCUGCGCCGCAAGCGAUUAGAGGAAUUUAUGACGGGCUUUCGCCUGAUUACUCUCAAGCUGAAGGAAAUGUAUCAGAUGAUCACGCUUGGUGGUGACGCCGAGCUGGAGCUUGUGGAUUCUUUGGAUCCAUUUUCAGAAGGUGUCGUGUUCAGUGUGCGGCCUUCGAAGAAAAGCUGGAAGAACAUUUCGAACCUUUCUGGUGGUGAAAAGACUCUGGCAUCGUUAGCCCUUGUAUUUGCGUUGCAUCAUUACAAACCGACGCCUCUGUAUGUGAUGGAUGAAAUUGACGCUGCCUUGGAUUUCAAAAACGUGUCGAUCGUGGGCAACUACAUCAAGCAACGCACCCGCAACGCGCAGUUCAUCAUCAUCUCGUUGCGCAACAAUAUGUUUGAACUCGCGGAUCGUCUUGUUGGGAUUUACAAGACAAACGACGCCACAAAGAGUGUGACGAUUAAUCCGAAAAUUUACGAACAGGGCACUACCACGAAUGUGACAACAACGCCAGUGGGACAGAAGCCAGGAACCCCGGGCAUGAAUAGUCCUUAUAGUAGCUCCGACCGGUCCGUGAAAAAAGCUCGUCGGACUAGCCAGCUGUCAGUGCCAUCUCCCGUCUCACAGCAAACUGUAUCAGCAUUGAGCACGCCUCUGCAAGACCGAACAAACCGGUCGUAG